AUGUUUCCAGGGUCACAGGGUAGAAAUUCAAGAAGCUGUUAUUUCGGAUUUCAACCACUUAGAUUGGCACAUGCGUCUCAUCUUGAUUCAUUGUCAAGGAUGAGAUAUCUGUCACUGGGAACUUUGGAGGGGCACCCAGUAAAAUGGGCCUAUGUUAUUGAGGAAUACAAUGAGGAAUUCAAUAGAAAGAAGACAGAAAUCGAUGCCAACAUUGAUCGCGUGGAAGAUCCUAGCGCAAAGGCGGCUCUUCAAAAUGCCUUUAGCCAAAUCAAGCUGUACCACAUUCACUGGUGCGAACAAACGACUUGGUAUUAUAAAUCCUAUUUGCAGCCAGUAUGGGUUAUUUUCUUCACUCAAAGGAAAGCGAUUCACAUAAUUCACAUGAUUGGAGUGAGCACUGAAUAUAUGAUAGCCUUAUUCAUCGGUGCCAUAGGGGCCUUGAUUGGCCUGCCAAAUCGAGCAAAAUUAUUCAAAGUUCCAUUUGCCGAGGCAAAAGGUGUGCACGUCGCAUUCAUUAUUAUGAUGGUGUCCUUUUGUGUUUUCAUUUUGCUUCAGGUGUUGUAUUGGAAGGUUCGCAUAUGGGCUUACAACGAGGAAAAGUUGUGUUUGGACCGGUUCUGCGGUCUGGCUCGGCUUGCCGAAGAGAAUUGGAAUGAAAGAGUUUUCUUUGCGAUGCCAAAGGAACGCCAUUGGGCGAUGCUUUUGGACGAGUGGAAACAAAGGAGAAAGCAGCCCUCCCAGCGUGAGGCAGCUUUCCCUGUCUUGGAAAUCGAAAGCAGCGAGUCUAUUUGA